AAAUUUUCCGUAGAAUCUAUUAUCUGUUCAAAAUUCUUCGAAUUAAACAGGUGAAAGAAUGGAGACAGAAGAUUGGUUGGAUUACCUACCUAUACAAGGUGAAGGUCCAGACCUUGUUGAGCAGGAAGAGUUGUUAUGCUUUAGGAAAAGGGGUAGAGGCAGUAUGGACCAUCGUAUUGUACCCCGUCUACCUCUGACGGCAAUGAUUCAAAGAAUGAAACUUCUAGAUGACUCUGUUAGUUCAGGAAAACAGCGUGGUAGUAGAGGACGGGCCCGGAUCCUUCAAGAUAGAGCAAAAUCUAGCAGACCUCAUGGAUUAAAACAGAAAGAAAAGGAAAAACCUAUAAAAAGGGAAGUAACUGAGACAAUUUAUGAUGAUAACCAAAUAAAUGAGAGGAAUGAUCCAACGUACAACCAUCAAUGGAGACAAAAUGAUUUUCCUAGCCUUGGAAUAG